AUUGAAUGGCCUUCAUCCUGGAGUGACGCUCUCAGUGCAAUCUAAUAAGAAGGAAAAAAAUGUAUGCUGCUGUAGUACAAGUUUCAAAAAGAAUGGAGCUUAUACAUUAUCAACGUUAGAACUUGCGAUUGAAACGGAUUAAACUAAAUACACAAUUAUUAAGACCAACCGAUCAAACCGUAAAACGCUGUAUCAUACAUACCAACCACAAUACCAAGAAAAGUUACAGAACUUUUUUGAAAUCUGCAGGAAAUUUUAUACCGCGGCAGAGUCAAACGAAUAUUGGUAUAAAUUGAGAGCUUCAGGUUCGCUAUGAAAUUGUUGGUUUUGAUUCUCUCUUUUCUUGCGACAGCGCUAAGUUCCAAUGGACAAAAGUUUGUAAAAGUUGACACCAGUUCCCCGGUCGAUCUGACUUUGAUCCCAGGCUCCAAGGGUAAGGUAGUUGUCAGCGCCGCCAUGCAGAAACUAGAUUUGGUUCGCGGAUUCGAAAACGAUUUUAAUCUGAUGUCCAGAAUCGCGUGGGUGGAAUCAAAUUUGGGGGAAAAAAACAAUCUUUCGUCGGGUGGCAUUUGGCAGAUAUCUCCUCAUAUAAAGUCAACUUUACGUGGAAAACUCAGUUCAGAGGUACAACAGCUUAUAACCAGAGCUAACUGUGUUUUGGGUCAACCGAAUACUGAUUUUUCAAACUCAGACUUCAGUUCUCCAAUUCGUUCCGCUUUCGCCGCUCGUAUCUUUAUCCAACAGCAUUUGGGAUCUUCUGGCAUCCCUUUAACGAUUUCCCAACAAGCUAGAUGGUGGAGUACGGUGUACCAUCCCGGUGGCAACGCUUCCAAGUUUAUAGAGUUUGCUUCGAAAACUACGAAUAGCACAUCUUGUGGACAUCAUAAACUUGACAUCUGGUUUGUCCUUGACGGUAGUGGAAGUGUCGGCAGCCGCGACUUUAACACGAGCUUGCAUUUUCUCGUCAACUUGGUUAAAGCAUUCAAGAUCGGACCUCACGACACCCGUGUUGGAUUUUCAGUCUAUGCAUCAAGAUCUGAAAUACACAGCCGUUUCAAUCAACAAAUGUCCUUCCAGGCAAUUGAGAAACAGAUCCUUCGUGCCAAAUACCCGAGAGGCGGCACCAUGACCGGUUUGGCAUUGAAUGACCUCCUGAAAAAUGGAUUUUUGGCACCAAAUGGGGCAAGACCUGCCUCGGAGGGCGUGCCAAGGUUUCUUGUUGUUUUGACCGAUGGGAAAAGUAUGGACAACGUGACUUUGCCAGCUGCCGCUGUUAAAUCUCACGGUAUAACCGUCUUUGGUGUUGGUAUUGGCGGUGGAAUAGAUAUGGCUGAAAUCAGGGAUAUAGCGAGUGAACCAAGCAGCAGAUAUGCAUUCGGGCUAAGUGGCUUUGACGUUUUGGGCGUCUUGAGAGAGCGACUUUUAGCGGAAGGCUGUUUUGCAACUGCAAUUAUACCGAAUAACGGUGGUGUUUCUGUGCCUGUGCAAUCGGGACAGCGGCAUUUUUCCAAGUUCAGUUUUCCAUCAAGAGGAUCAAUUAAAAUGAUUUUCCGAACUCCACCUGGAGCUCAGGGAAUGGUUUACGUUUGCGGCAAAGUGGCGACCCCAAACGCUGCAUUACACGAUGUUGGGUUCCCAAUAACUGAGGGAACAGUCACUGUCUACCUGAACGCUCAGCUUCUAAGAGGAAGUGGUAGCCCUGGGAUUGGGUGCGGAAAAUUAAAGGACAGAAUGGCCGUCUUCAUUACCGUAAAAAAUACUGGGAAAAAAGACUUCGACUUGGAUGUGACGUCAGUAACUACAGACGAACCUGUUUUACCGACGCCUGGGCCAAAAUGCUUAUACGGCUUGGCUUCUUCUAAAGACUCCAGCGGUUUGGAACCCUUCCAAUGCGGUCCAAAGCAAAUAUGUGGUAUUUAUUAUGGUACUGUUUCACGAGAUAGCGGCCCAGCUGUUCCGAGAGCUCUAUGCGGGUGUAUGGACGUGGAUCAAUGCGGGUCGAACCAUUGUUUAGCAGUUGAUAGCGUAUUUAAAGGAUACAAAGUUAAGAGUUGUGAAAAAUCAACAUGCUGUAACGGUUCGCUUUGUAACCAGCCAAGUUUCACCCCGGAAAAUGUUACUACCCAAACCAUCAGCUGUCCGGCUGUCACAAAAACCGAGUGUCGAUCUGUGUUGGAGUCAGACAACACAUGUCAGUUUAUUAAGUGGAUAUUAGAAGUCCAUCAUGUGUGGUACCCAGUAUUUGAAGAAUGGAGGCAAAACGUGGCAGGGGUUGGCCCACCACAACCGAGCGCUCCGUGUAUGCAAAUUACUGUAACUUGCAAGAACGCUGGUCAGCUGAAACGUUUUAACUUAUUAGAUGGCUGCAGUUUGCCAUACUGUGUUGAUGGGCACUAUACGUCUGGUCCUGGACUACACGAAUGGAAAGCCGCUCAACUAAUAUGGCAACACCAAUACACGAUUUGGAAGAAGUCAAAAAUAGUGGACAGCACCAACACCGACACCGACGUUUGCAUUUAAAAAGCAAACCCUUUGUAUUUUGCUCCAUAGCUCUAUAUAUUCUGUAGUUAUAAUAGAAACUGUUGUUUGAAACUGUAAGUUCCAAAUCUAUAGCCUUCUUUUAAUUUGUAAAAUAUUCUGCUCCUAAUGUGUGUAAUGUAGUAUGCCAAAUACGUAUAUGUCGCGGGCAUCUGAACCAAAUAGGCAUGACCAGCUCUCUGGCUAUUUCAUAGCGAUAGGCGCUUAGAUCCUAUUUUUGGCACUUUUCCCUCUACUCUAAAUUUCUUGUAGCGCAACUUUUCUUUAUUUAAUAAACGUCUUUCUGUAGGCUUUCA